AUGGACGAAGAUCAAGGUCCAUCCGUUAUUGGGCCAGAGCAGCACGGCCGACGAGCUUUAAGGUCUCCGUUGGUCAGUAUCAAGCGGGCAUUUCUUACCAGGGAAGGUCUCUUGGGCCAUUACGACUAUGGAUUCCUUUUCACACCAAACCUACCAUUCAUGAAGAAAUCGCCCCAUGCGUCUCCGUUCUUUGGUCUUAACGACCGAAUGCCCGUAUUCCUGGCACUAUUGUUGGGAUUUCAGCACGCCCUGGCCAUGUUGGCUGGUAUUAUCACGCCACCAAUCAUCCUCGCAGGCUCAGCUGGUGUCAAUUUGAGCGCCGCUACUCAGCAAUACCUUGUGUCAACCGCCUUGAUUGUAUCCGGGAUACUUUCCCUCAUUCAGAUCACGAGGUUCCACAUCUACAAGACUCCGUAUUAUAUUGGAACUGGGUUGAUCUCUGUAGUUGGCAUAUCUUUUUCCAUCAUUCCAGUCGCAGGGGGCGCUUUCGCCCAGAUGUAUGCCAAUGGAUACUGUCCGACGGCUGAAGAUGGCACAAAACUGCCUUGCCCUGAAGGUUACGGUGCUCUGUUGGGCACAGCAGCUGUCUGUGCUCUUCUUGAAGUGUUGCUUGCGUUCAUUCCACCAAGGAUUCUGCUCAAACUCCUGCCACCUAUCGUCACUGGUCCCACCGUCAUGCUCAUUGGCAUCAGUUUAAUCGAGAGUGGGUUCCAGAACUGGGCCGGCGGCAGCGGAGGCUGCGCUGCUGCUGAGCCUACGGCAUUUUUCGCGUUGUGUCCGAACAUCGAUGCGCCACACGCGCUUCCUUGGGGUUCAGCAGAGUUCCUAGGACUAGGCUUCUCAGUCUUCUUGACCAUUAUCCUUUGCGAGAGGUUUGGUGCGCCAAUCAUGAAGUCUACGAGCGUUAUCAUUGGUCUGCUGGUUGGAUGUAUCAUCGCAGCCGCUUGCGGGUAUUUCGACCGUAGUGGUAUCGACUCCGCUCCUGUGGGAUCAUUCAUCUGGGUGCAGACCUUCAAGCUCACGGUAUAUGGGCCAUUGGUCUUGCCACUCUUGGUCGUAUAUCUCAUCUGCGCCUGUGAGGCAAUCGGUGAUAUCACUGCUACAUGUGAUGUUUCGCGUCUGGAGGUUGAAGGAAAGCUCUACGAGUCGCGCAUCCAGGGAGGAGUGCUUGCGGAUGGUGUGAACGGUGUUCUCGCGGCUCUAAUGACUAUGACACCUAUGACCACGUUCGCCCAGAACAACGGCGUGAUUGCCCUGACACGUUGUGCAAACCGCACGGCUGGGUAUUGUUGUUGCUUCUUCUUGAUUAUCAUGGGUAUAUUUGCCAAAUUCGCCGCUGCUUUAGUCGCCAUCCCAUCCUCAGUACUGGGCGGAAUGACAACAUUCCUCUUCACCUCAGUUGCGGUCUCGGGCAUAGCCAUCAUCACCAAGGGUGUCACCUUUAACCGCCGCAACCGCUUUAUUUUGACAGCAGGCCUGGCAAUUGGGUACGGCGCGACUUUGGUUUCGAAUUACUUCUCCAGCGUCUUCACCUACAGCGGCGACAACCAUGCCCUCACGGGGUUUUUGGAUGCCAUCGUCUUGAUCAUGGAGACUGGCUUUGCUGUCACAGCAAUUGUUACCAUGAUUCUCAAUCUCACCCUCCCCGAAGAGAUCGAAGACGUCAGUGAGGCGGUUGCACCAGGUAGAGCCACAAUCACCGUCGGGCCAAGUCGGCGAACUGAUGAUGAGGAGAAACGGUUGUAA